ACACAGGAAAGGUGAGAGAGGAAAAGCCCAACAGCCAUUUGUCCAGGUAUUUGGUUCUGCUGCUUCUCCGGAGCUUCAAGGCAACCACCACUCACAAACGAUCAACUGAAUCAUCAAAGCCCAUGGGUCUUACCAUCUCAAGAACAUUUGUAGGAAAGGAACUGGAUGAGCUGGAGGCUGCAUCGGACCCAGGAAAUGUCCCAGAGGUGGCAACCGAAAUUCAUCGAGAGUUGAGCUUAUUUAAGAACACCAUACUUGACAUUGCCAUCACAGGCGAACUGGGUUCAGGGAAAUCGUCCCUUGUCAAUGCCCUGCGGGGCAUGACAGAUUCUGAAGAGGGUGCAGCUGAGACUGGGGUAACACGAACAACAAUGGAGGCAAAGGGAUAUCCACACCCCAGAUUCCCUAAAAUAACAAUAUGGGAUCUCCCAGGAAUUGGGAUGCCUGAAUUCGAACCAGAGGAAUACCUCAAUAAGGUAAACUUCAGCAGGUUUGACUUCUUCAUCAUUGUCGCUGCGGAACGCCUCACUGCCAAUCACUCCCAGCUGGCCCGUAAAAUUCAAGAGAUGAAGAAGACGUUUUACUUUGUGCGUUCCAAAGUGGAUCUAAGUAUGAAUUCUGAAAGGUGGAAACCAAAUUUCAGUGAAAAGCAAACCCUUGAGAAGAUAAGAAGAUACUGCUGUGAUAAUUUGACAGAAGUACUAGAGACUGCUCCAAGUGUUUUCCUCAUCUCUGCCUGGCACUUGGACAAGUAUGAUUUCUCCCUCCUGCAAGAGGCCCUAGAGAAUGAAAUGGAAUAUCUCAGGAAGCAUGUCCUGAUUCUGGCUUUACCCAGUUUCUCAAGAAAAAUCCUAGAAAAGAACAAGGCUGCUUUGGAACGGGUUAUUUGGAAAACAGCUCUCGUGUCUUGUGCUAUCGGGGCUACCCCUGUCCCAGGUCUCUCUCUUUUUUAUACCACUGCUAUGUUGGUAACCACCCUGAAGCAGUUCUGCUUAUCCUUUGGCUUGGAUGAAGAUUCCCUCAAUAGACUUGCAAGCCGGGUUGACAAACCAGUGGAAAUAUUGAGAGCGGCUAUCAAAAAGUCUCCUCUUGCUAGCGAGGUCACCGUACAAUUUGUAAUCAAAAUCUUAUGCAGGUCAAUGUUGUGUUUGACUCUGUCGGCCGUAGAACUAGUCUUGGACCUUGCACCCUCCACGAGCUGUCUAGCCGGUGGAGGACUUUCUUUUGUAACCACUUUCUACCUCCUGAAGAGGUUUCUGCAGGAUCUCGAGGGAGAUGCUGAGAAUGUUUUGGCAAAAGCAGCCGAGCCAUAAAGCGUCCCAUUUAAAGAUCCAAAACAUUCAUCUGGAAUGCCUGAGCCUAGCAACCAGUGGGAGAGUUGGGGGGACAAGAACAUAGGAGGGCUUGUAAUCGGCAUUCCCUCUAACUUGAGUUGGUGUGAGCUAGCUCACACUUUUUUAGCCUCCGGUUCACA